CGAACUUAUUUGUCCUAGUCAGAUAGGCAAUAAAUUAGACGACCUGAGAUGCAGGCAUUCCAGCUUUUGUUAUCUUUUAGAUGGUAUUGUUGUUACGUUACUCCUGCAAGCUGAUCUCUCGGGUCUCUUUCUUCGUGUGCAUUCUUUGCACUGCUUUCAGACUGAACGCUGUCAUUUCUCACGCCGAAAGCAAUAACAAGACAGAGAUGUUAGCUGCAUACUUUGACAGUCCAGGUGAACCUGAUGUACUCUAUGUGAAUCAAGUACCAAUUCCUGAAUUAGAGGACAAUGAAGUUCUCGUAAAGGUGCAGGCCAGUGCUAUUAACAGAGCAGAUACCUUGCAGCGCCGAGGCUUAUAUCCAAUCCCUCCUGGGGCAAGUCCUAUCUUGGGACUCGAAGUUUCUGGAACCAUUGAGAAAGUCGGCGCUUCAGUGGGUUCUGCAUGGAAAGUUGGUGACAAAGUCAUGUGUCUUUGUAAUGGUGGAGGAAAUGCUGAGUUUGUUGCAGUGCACUUUAAACAUGUGAUGCCAAUGCCUGCAAAUACGAACUUCUUAGAAGCAGCUGCCAUUCCAGAGGUUUGGCUCACUGCCUUUCAACUAUUACAUUUUGUCGGUAAACUCCAGCCUGAAGACUAUGUGCUGAUUCAUGCAGGAGCAAGCGGUGUUGGUACAGCAGCAAUCCAGUUGGUGACGUUAGCUAAAGGCAAAGCAAUUGUGACAGCAGGCUCAGAAGACAAGAUCAAAUUGGCGCUUGAGUUAGGGGCCUCAGCUGGCUUUAAUUACAAAGAGACUGAUUUCUCAGAAGAAGUGAUGAAAUUCACUGAAGGUCGUGGAGUCAACUUGAUUCUUGAUUGUGUUGGAGGUGUUUACUGGGAGAUGAAUGUUAAUUGCCUUGCUAUGGAUGGACGCUGGGUUUUAUAUGGACUUCUUGGUGGACGGUCUGUGAAUGGAAAUUUAUUCUUGGAACUGUUAAAGAAGAGAAUCAGUUUGAUGGCCACAACUUUAAGGACACGUACCGAUGAGUAUAAAGGUCAACUCGUCGAAGCGUUCUCACAGCAAGCUUUGUCACACUUUGAAAGAGGUUAUCUGAAACCUGUAAUGGACAGUGUUUUCCCUCUAGACCAGAUCAGUGCCGCACAUGAGAAAAUGGAAGCGAACAAGAACAUGGGCAAGAUAAUGAUACGAGUUGCCAAAGACAACACUGAUGCCAUCGGUGUUGUCGACAGCAUCAACAACAUCAACAAAGAAGAGACACAGAUCAAAGCUGAAUUGUAGCAUUGAUAUGAGCUGAAGGAUAUAAAUUUUCUUAACUACGCUGCCCACCUCUAUAGAGUUAGAUUUUACUAAUUUUGAUUAA